AUGGGCUCCAUUCACAUGAAUGAGGUGAAGUGCACCGGGCACGAGCAGUCCAUCUUGGACUGUCAAUACAAGAACAUCACAGAAGAGGACUGCAAGCACAGCGAGGACGCUGCCGUCAGGUGCAACAUCCCAUACAUGGGCUACGAGAAGACGAUCCGCCUGGCAGGGGGUCGGAGCCAGCAAGAGGGGCGGGUGGAGGUUUUGUGGGGCCCACGUGGAGAAGAGCGCUGGGGAUUUGUUUGUGGAGAAGGCUGGGGAACCAGAGAGGCUGCAGUUGUCUGCCAACAGUUGGGUCUAGGAUUUGUCAGCAGUGCCCUUCAGAUACGCAUUAUCGGGGGGCGCACACAGUUUGAGGGUCGUGUGGAGGUGAAGUUUGGAAACUCUUGGGGCUACCUGUGCAGUGAUGGCUGGACUACUAAAGAAGCAAUGGUGGCAUGUCGGCAGCUCGGUUUGGGUUACUCUCUGCAUGCGGUGACGGAAACCUGGUAUUGGGACGCCUCAAACGUGACGGAGAUGAUUCUGAGUGGAGUUCGUUGCAGCGGCACAGAGAUGAAUCUUCAGCAGUGCUCCCGCCACAAGACAGUCAGCUGCAAAAACACUGGCACCAGGCACGCGGCUGGAGUCAUCUGUUCUGAGAGUGCCUCUGACCUCAUCCUACACGCAAGCCUUGUCCAGGAGACUGCAUAUAUUGAAGACCGUCCACUACAUAUGUUAUACUGUGCAGCCGAAGAGAACUGCCUGUCCAGCACUGCCCGCCAUGCCAACUGGCCUUACGGACACAGGCGGCUCCUCCGCUUCUCCUCCCAGAUACACAAUAACGGGCGAGCUGACUUUAGGCCCAAAGCUGGCAGACACUCCUGGGUGUGGCAUGAGUGCCAUGGGCACUACCACAGCAUGGACAUCUUCACUCACUACGACCUGCUGACACCCAAUGGAACUAAAGUGGCUGAGGGCCACAAAGCAAGCUUCUGCCUGGAGGACUCUGAAUGCCAAGAGUUGGUCAGUAAGAGGUAUGAAUGUGCCAACUUCGGAGAGCAGGGCAUCACCGUAGGAUGUUGGGAUUUGUAUCGUCAUGACAUUGACUGCCAAUGGAUCGAUAUAACUGACGUGAAGCCAGGGAACUACAUUCUUCAGGUUGUCAUUAAUCCCAAUUUUGAAGUGGCCGAGAGCGACUUCACCAACAAUGCCAUGAAAUGUAACUGCAAAUACGACGGGCACCGAAUCUGGAUACACAACUGUCAUAUAGGCGACGCACUCAGUGAAGAAGCUAACAAGCGGUUUGAACAGUAUAGGGGACAGCUCAACAACCAGAUCCUUUAACGCCACCAUGAAAGUUCCUUCACCUCUUGCAAGCAUCAUCCAAGAAUCCUCAACAUGGUCAUUUACAGGAGGUGAUGUGGGUGUCCAUUACCUGGUGUCAUCUCACAUACUAUCCACGCACUGGCGGCUCGGUGCUGGAUCAGCCAUCAUACUUUGUGUUUGUGUACUCAUCUCUUGGUGCUAAGCUGAGUUGUUUAUAUUGAGGUGCACAAGAUGGGAUGUAAGGUACCACCACACUACAUCAAAUCAGCUGCUUCUGAUAUCAACCCAAAAGCCAGCGAGGAGGCUGUGAACUGUACUCUGAAGUUCCUUCAGUGUCUUUAAACAACCCAUUUACUAAAGAUGUACCGACAUGUUCACAUAUAGCCAUUACUUGUGUCCUCUACAUUCUAUGGGUGCUACUAACAUACAAGUCUUCUGCUCGUCCUACGAGGUUUACAUUCUGUCACACAAUGGGCUGCUCCCACAAAUCUAUGGUUAUUUUUGCUAUUAAAAGUUGUGGGUUUUUCUCCUAAAUUCUUCCAUAUUGAAUUGGUAACUGCGGCAAAUUACCAAAAAUGGCCAAUUGCAGUCAGAGGUAUCAGGCACUACAUAAUAUACGCGGCAGGACAGUGACUAUCCAUACACUAUAAUACUCCUGUCCUCAGGGCCCACCUGCCGAUCAGGAUUUGAGAAUAUCCCACAGAAUGAAUAACUGGUCAGUCCUGAUGCAUGGGCACUAAAUUGUAUCACCUUCUCAAUACUAAGGAAAUCCAGAAAACACGACCACCAGGUGGGCCCUGAGGACCACCGCUAUACUACACAUGGAUGUCAGCACUGUUCUUAUAUACCAUGCCUAAGCCCAGACUCUGUAUUAUACACCAGAACACUACUCACUAUAUAAUAGACACUGCUCUCUAUACAAGCCCAGGCAUAGCCUGGAAUCCCCGCACGUAGAGGACUUCCACAAAUCAGAGAAGUGACAGCAAUGUUUAAUGGCGGAACGUUCUGCUUUAUGAGACCUCAGAUCUCAAACAUGACAGGAAAUCAUUAUGAUUAAUGGUGUUCUUCCAGAUCAAGUAGAGGAAGACAUUCUGGAACCAGCUGGCGCCAGACCUUUGCUGGAUGUAAAUUACAAGUGUAAAAAUGUAAAUGUUUCUGAGAGACAUGAAAAGAACUUGGCCCCAAGUAGAGAGCUGCCAGGUAUGUUGGUGCAAGGGACGAGGAAACUCCAAGAUGGAAGAGGAGCCUGGAGUGCACAGAAGAUGAUGGCUGUUCCUGGUCAGCUGUGGGUAAAAUGUGGAGGGAGUAUAAAGAAAAUGGGAAGGAUAUAAACAGAAAAACUGGUAGCAUGAGGAUGAAAUCAGAGCAUCAGGACAGAAAGAUGUACAACCAAAGAAAUGAGUGAAAAGAGAGAAAAUUGGAAGAGAGAGAGUGCAAGAGCAUUUAUCUAUGGAAAAGACAAACAAAAAAGACACACCUAAACCGGAGAAAAACAAGGCGAGGGCGGUAUCCACACCUAAACCGGAGAAAAACAAGGCGAGGGCGGUAUCCACACCUAAACCGGAGAAAACAAGGCGAGGGCGGUA